AUGACGACCAAUUUGUGGGUAGCUUUACUGAGUGUGAUUGUGGUCAUCAGUUUGCUACCCGUCCAGGGUGUCCGAACGCCGCUGUACAUCGGGGGCCUUCUCCCGCUCUCUGGUGGUUCAAGUCGGGAGUUUGGUCGAACCUCUUUCGUUGGUUCAAAACGAGCUGUUGAAGAUAUCAAUAAUAGAAGCGAUGUGCUGGCAGACUAUGAGCUUGUGUUGGAAUGGGCAGAUACAGAGCAAAACGUACCGAGUGCGCUCAACAGGCUUUUUGAGUUUCUGUAUACACCACCAGUUAAAGUCGCUAUCUACGGCCCGCUAAUGUCUUCAAUGACUACGGUCCUUGCAGAAGUUGUUGGCCAAUGGAAUCUUGUCGAGAUCUCCCCAGGCGCAUCAGCACCUAUCCUGACUGACCAUGAGAGAUACCCACAUGUCUAUCGAAUGGUCGUAUCCUCAGCGGCUUUCGGCUCUGCGCAAGCUCAGAUUGUCAGCCAGUUCGGCUGGAAACGAAUUGCUACGCUACAUGAAGCUACGGAACCACACAGGGGACGAAUCAAUCAGCUUCGGGAAGAGUCGGCGUUGUUCAACUUCUCUAUUAUAAUCGGAGAGAGUUUUCUUACCGACCCUUAUGAAGCUAUGGUUCUUCUAAAGGAAAGGGAUGUGAGAAUAAUAGCUACUAGUUUCUACGAGAACAUGGCUAGGAGAGUGUUCUGUGUCGUGAGUGUAAAACUUAUGUUUUAUAAGUUUAUCACAGUGAAAUAA